AUGCUCGGACGGGGAAGAUUUAGUACGGUUGUUCAAGAGGGGGAAGAAGCAGUGAAGAUCAUCGAUAUAGACGAUCAAUGCGCUCCGCACAAUUACAGGGCCGAAUUAGCCGCUCUAAAGGCGCUUGGAGAGCACCCUAAUAUCACUGAGAUGCUGCGAACAGAAACAACCCGUGGUUUCGAGCCUCAAUGUCGCAUAUACAUGCAUCUAUAUCCCCUCACGCUCGACCACGUUCUGUUUGAUGCCUCUAAAGCAACUUACCCGCCGGGAUCAGGCUGGCGAAACCGUUUGAAUCCGGACAGAAUCGGAUCAAUCGCCCGGCAGCUUGCAGAAGCUCUUGCCUUUGUGCACUCACAAAACAUAAUCCACCGCGACAUCAAGCCAGAAAAUAUUUUGUUCAAAACAACAGAUUCAGAGCCAAUGCUAGCGGACUUUGGCAUCGCAUGGGUUCCUGGAUUCGGCGAGGACCCAAAAGUCUGCGACGUCGGCACGGCAGAAUACAGAGCGCCAGAAUUAUUGCAGGGGAAAGUAUAUACGAAUGCAAUUGAUGUAUGGGCAUAUGGAUGUGUUGUAGCUAAGCUUUGCAGCACGAACAGUGAAGCACUCUUUACGCCCUACCGUUCCGAUAUAGCCCUGUGGGAUCAGCAACAGGGAAACCUGAAGGAGUCCGUGAGCUCUCUAAGAGUGUUUAGCGAGAAUGUAGCCCGGAUUCUGUGUCUGGAUCCCGCACUGAGACCCACAGCAUCGACAGCAGCAGAGUUUCAAUGGUAG